AUGUCAAAAAAAAAGAGAGGAUUGUAUUUAAUAGAUGAGAUACUUGACUAUAAAUAGUACAAUGGUUAGAAAUAUUAUCUUGUUAAAUGGUAAGGAUAUAAUAAUAGAGAUUGCACUUGGGAAAAACCAGAAAAGAUACCAAAUUUAGCAUAGUUUUUACAUUAAUUCGAGGAAAAAGUAAAAACAUUUGGAUCCAACUUUUAUCAUAUUGAAAACGAUUAACCACCUCAAUUAGAAGAUUUUAUAGGGGCACCUACUCUAUCCAAACAAAAUUAGUAUUAAUACCAAUCAGAGCAAAUCAAUAAAUUACAAAAUUAGAUUGAUGAAUUAAAAUCGGAAAUCGACCUCAUGAAGAAAUAGCAAAAUGAGAUUGUCUAAUUAAUACAGACAUCUUAAUAAAAUUCGAAGUGUUUGUAACCUAGUUUAUAGCAGGAUUCUGAAAUUAUUUAAGAGUCUUCGUCAGAAUAAUCCCAGAAAUAUACUGAAAUCAAAUCAUAAACCGAAGGUGGAUUCGAGUUUGGGGAUUAAUUGGAAAAGAUUGGGCAAGCAGUUCAAACCAAGGAAAAGGGAGAAAAAAUGUAUUACGUAUUGUGGCAAAAGAGACCCAAUGGUAUAAUUCCCAAGAAUAGAUGGGUUAAUAGUGAAUAUCUGAUGAAAAAUGAUAUAAAGUCAUUGUGUUACUAUCUUCAAAAAAAAUUAUAAUGA